AUGCACGGCUUGUCGUUCGAUUGGCCUACGUACAUUGUUGCAUGUGCUGUCGUCAAAGCCUUUAUUAAGCCGAUUGUGUCUGCUUCUGUUUGCUUUUGUGGGUGGUCCAAUGUAGUCCUUGACAUCUACGGCUUCGAGUCAUUUGGUUUGGAAAAUGGGUUGGAACAGCUUUGCAUCAACUACGCAAACGAGAAACAGCAACAGCUGUUCGUCCAGCAGGUCAUCGAGGAAGAAGUUGCCCUGUACAUCCGAGAAGGAAUUGCAAACCCUGCAGUGGCAGCUGGACAAAAUUUCAAGUCCCCUCUGCAAAGUGAGCAAUCAGAUUCAAAACUCCAAGAACGCAGUCAUCGAAGCGAUCCGAAUAUCUCCUUCAAGGCGAAUCUCCAGCGCACCCUCCUUUCAAGCCUGCCAGACACCUCUGCGCUGCUUAGAGAAUUGCAAGAAGGAGUAUUUAGACGCUUAGAUGACUCAUGCCGACUCUUGGCCCAGGGCCAGGCAAGAGACGACAUUCACUUCUGGAAGGACUUGUUCGCUUACUGUGCCUCAAUGAAAGAGCACUCGCAGCAUCCCGCAGACAAGCACAACUCCCAAAAGACAGACCAGGAAAUACUGACGCCGCGUGACCACCGCAUUCUAUUCUGUCUGAAAGGAACCAACGGGAUGCAAGCAGCAGAAGCUGCUGCCAGCGGGAGGCUUCUGCAACACUUGGAGCAAGCCGACCUUAAUCUUAUUGGCCUUGUGGGAGCUCAACAGCUGGCAUCUGUGGGUGCAGGAGGAAAACUGGGAGGAACCCUCUCAACGGCUGGUAAAGUGCAGGAGAGAGUUUUCGCCGUCAAGCACUUUGCAGGAACAGUUCUGUACGGCACGGAUGGCUGGCUGGAUCUGAACAACGACCGAAUCGAGCACGAACUAGAGCGUCUUGUUGCCAAGUCCGAAAAGUCGCUUCUACGGCGUGCUAUGGAACAGCACGAAGCGAGCCAGAGGCUGGAAGGAAAUUUCGUAGGCACUGCAGGGGGUGGUCAAUUCUCCUCCAUAACGAAGCGUUUUUUGAAGAGUGUGAAGGAUCUGAACCAGGAGCUGCAGGGGCCCCACAUGCAGCUCCAUUUCAUACGAUGUUUCAUCCCGAAUUGCGAGAUGAAACCUGAUGCUUUUGAAAGGAAGAUCGUACUGCAGCAACUGCAACAUUCCGGAUCCUUGGCUCUGGUGGAUAUCCUGCAGUCCGGGUUUCCUCACAGAAUGCCACUGCACUCCCUGGCAGCCAAACUACGAGCGGCUUUAUACCCUCUACUAGAGAAACGGCUCGAAGAGCAAGAGCAAAAAGUGCAAAAGCUAAUGGAAGCAGAGAAUAAAAAUGCGCCAUUCAAUUUCGGAGUUUUGCCCUCUGCUGAGGAAACUGCCCGCCAACGACGCUUGUUGGAGACUUUAAGGCACUGGGACCCAAAUGCUUCUCGGGACCGAACACUAGCCUCUGCAACCCUUGGGUUGCUACCCCAAUGCCGACCAGGCGCAUUCAUUUGUGGCGUUUCCCUCGUCUGCUUCAAGGCCUCUGCCUAUGGGGAAGCUGCAGCGCUAAUAGCUGAUCCAACACAGUUCUUCAAAACUACUGAAGACCUAUGCAGGCUAAUCACGGCUAUUCAACGUUUGAGGUGGCGUGUGGCUGUUCGCACCAUUUUGCAUGUGCACCCGAAAUUACUAUGGCUCCAGCGAAGAGCCUUCUUGAUGAGGAAGAUCAAGGAAGCGGCUGCCACUGCGGCCUUACGAGUGAUACUACUCAGGAAGCAUAUCCUUGUCCCCUUGCGGGAACGUGCACAGCGACGGCUUUCCAUUCGCCAGGGUGUGAUUUCGCUUGAGCAUAUCCUGUUGCGCCGAGGCCUGCAAUCAUGGCGAAGCUACCGGCAGGCACUAGCAGCCGCAGACUCAGCGAAAAAGUCAGCUGCAUGUCAGCCACCAGCAAAUGAGGAGGCCAAUUGCUCACAAGGCUCCAGCGUACCUGAGCAGGAGCUAUGCAGAGGACAAGGUGAAGCGUCUGGGGCAGCAGGAGACGAGCACCAGCAACUUCAUUUCAUACCUUCUUGGAAUGCUCGACUCUUCCCUCUGGGGGACCAGACACAGAACGUCAUUAGAGAGGAACACGAAGUGGCUGUCUUUCUCGGAAGAGACCUGUAUUUUACCCGCAUUAGCAGUGUUCCUUCAGUAGAGCCUGGUAAACCGGCACCAGAGAAGAAAAGAUUGCAACAGGCUCCACAGAAUUCUUACCUCUCCGCCAAUUCACCGUCAAGGCAAGAACAAACUCACGAAAUUUCUGACAUUUCAGCCGAGCGGAUUGUUGGCGUUGAAGGCUACGGAGAUCCCACUGUGCAGCUAGUUAGCACUGAAGCACCGAUUUUAACAAUUGCAAAACAUCCAUUCUACACCAAUUUGUUCAUAGCCAGCAAUUCAGCUGCUCACCUGUUGUUGCUUUCAUCUCCCUGUACUGCCCAUUCUGAAAGGAAAGAAGAGGAGACGACAACAGCAGAUUGUGAAGGGUCUGUACCCAGUCGCACCGCGCCUCUUGGAGAACCCUCAACAAUUCUGCCCCGUCUCGAUUGCCACUCAAGUUUUCCUAAUUCAUCAAAAGGACUACCAUCAUCUAAUGAUGUUGGAGCUGACGCACCACAUCGACCAGUGAGGAUGUGCAACAUAGCACAGGGGUUGUCAACUUUUUCUAAUUUGCUCCCCGGCAGUGACGGCAGCGCCACAGCCUUCCCGGAACGACUUUUGCCAACAGAAGCGAUUCCGCCCGGCAAAUGGCUACCCCGGGACCUUCUAGAUCGCAUAAGAGAGUCUCCUCAGGAUCAACUAUGUCACACAAAACACCUACGACCACCAACUGUGCGGCCGCUCAGCGUUUCCUUUGCAAGCCCCAUAACCGCAGAUUACGCCAUCGUCGUGUGCCUUGUGCAAGGCAGCAGCAGCAAGAACAACAACAACAACAGCAGCAGCAGCGGCAUAGGCAACCUCACUCUCGUUCUAGUCGACUUGUUGAGGAGGGAACCUGCUGGCUGGAUUCCUCUGUCUUUUGCGUCCCAUGAUCUAUCAGUCUGUGCUCGCCGCAACUCUGCGUACCUUCAACAGCUCUCCCAAACAGCUCUCCUAGAGUCUAACACUAAUGUUGGGAAAAUCAAAAGCGCAGCCGCUGAGCUUCGUGCUGCACGAAAUCAGCGGCCUACGGCACGCAGUCGUAGCACCAUGCUCUCUACAAUUCGUUUGCAACCUCUUUGGGGCAACGUGUGGGCGGUCACAGGCCCCUCCUUGCUCGCCAUCUUCUCUACCAACCUAAGGUAUCUGCAGCAUCCACCACAGGAGCUUGAAGCACAGUCAGGAGUCAGGGAUCCACCGCUUCGUCUUCUGUGGAACUUGGCCUCUGUUCCGCGCGUAAGUGGAAUGAGCCUUGAAGUGGCUGAAGAAUGGUUUACUGGAUGCACAUACACGCGUUUAGCCCCAGCAGCCCUCAGUUCAGUCAGUGGCACUGACCCGAUCAUACAGGCUCUACAAUUGAUGCCCUUUGGAGAAGUAACGCGGGCUCUCGAAGCAAGGAUGCAGCGGCUCUUGCUGCUUUCUACUGCGGAUGACUCUCUGGUUUUGCUACAAUGGAGUGAGGGCAGCUGCGGCCUCGCCAGUGGAUCGGGAAACCUUGUACUGUUAGAUCAGAUCCGUUUGCCUUUUCCUGUGCUACAAUUUUUGAGACAACGGCCGGGCAGGGGCACAACGUGGUCUUGUUUUGAGCCAUCUCCUGGGGAAAACGAAGGUCGACUGUUGAGGUCGUUUCCUUGGGAAGCGUGUUCUCUUCUGAGAACCGUCUCAGAUAAUGGUACAGCAAGUGAUCAUCCUGAGAGGGUUGCUGAAAACGUGGACAGUGACAGCAGCACCACCGGAGGCACCACCGACACCUGCGACUCUGAGCAAGGUUGCACCAAAUCUCACGGUUGUUCAAAUAUUCGGUUUAGAUUUGGGGAAAUGAGGUCUCUGAGACGGGACUUCAGGUCCUACGAAAUAGCUCUGGUUGACAAACGCAGCGGAAGGAUUCUGCGUGAUUUAGGCCAGGACAAUUCGAGGUCUUCGCAUGAUGCCGCGGAAUCUGGAGCUGAGUUUCUAGCUGUGGUGCCUUUGCCAUCUCUCCCCGGAGUCUUGGUUUCUGUUGUAAGCAAUCAUGUUGUCAGGCAUAGCAACUGA